CAUAUUGAAGUUACGUCAAGCAGCAUUAAAGAAAGAAGAUGCAGAUCUUCAACUGGAAUUAGAGAAAUUGGAACGAGAGCGAAAUCUUCACAUUCGAGAAUUAAAACGAAUACAUAAUGAAGAUAAUUCUCGGUUUAAAGAACAUCCAAUACUAGCUGAACGUUAUUUAUUAUUAAGUUUAUUAGGGAAGGGAGGUUUUAGUGAGCCAUUUGGACACAACCUUUCACAGGCCACCAUCUUAGAAGAAAAUACAAUACUAAAAGCUACGGAGGUAGAAUUUCCCUCGAAACCUCCAGCGAGUUCUGAAGCUAAGUCAUUUAUUAGAAAAUGUUUACAAUAUAAGAAAGAAUUUCGACCAGACGUCUUGAGUCUUGGAUCUGAUGAUUAUUUAAAACCGGCUUCUUUAAAAUCCAAACACAACGUGGAUAUUCAGAGUGGAAUGACGAGCGGAAGUCUAACUCUUCAAUCUUCACAAUCAUCAUCACAGACUACGGCAGGGCACCCGUCUGCUACACUUAGCCUCAAUCAAUCCCCGGCUUUCUCUUUCGGUGAAAAAUUCUCCUAG